CGAACAAUUUCACCGAAAGAAUAUAAGAAAACCUGAAACGACUCCACUGAUAUUAAAUCGACAGUAGUAAAUUAUUUCCAAUUGGUGUAUACAAGUUAAAAUGGAUUCUGCUGAGACGUCACUAGAAGAGAUAGUGGAUAGUUUUAUCAUUUUUAUGGAUAAACUAACAUGUCCCAUAUGUUCAUUACGCCUCACAGCUUUUCCCAUAUACGUACGCAUGGACGGAGGUGUAGCAGUGUGUGGACGCUGCCCAUUACCAAAUCCGACAGAGUACCUGCGAGACAAACCAUAUGAGCAAAUUAUAAAAAUGUUACAAUUCCCAUGCCGAUAUAAAGAUGGUGGUUGCAAGGAGUUGUUUAAACCUUCCGUGAUGACAAGGCAUGAGCGCAGAUGCCCCCAUCGUGUAAUAAACUGUCCCGCAAGUGAAUUGUUACACUGUGAAUGGAACGGUCGGUCCCUAGACUUAAAGCGUCAUUACCAAAACAGUCAUCCUCUGGCUAUAUUAUCAGACAGAAAAUAUGAAUUGGAUUUUACAAAGAAUUUUUCCGAUAUAUACCUAAUGCCGUUUGAAACUGAGAUUUUUUUGCUUCGCUCGCAAAUGAAUAACAUCAACCAAAUAUAUAACUGUUCUGUGGAACAUGUACCUACCAGAUAUUCCGCACCGUUUUACAAAUAUUCUGUUACAAUUGAAACAGAUAAUCCCGAUGACUUUCGGGUAUAUUCUGCUCGUCACACUGACUCUCAGUUGCUAGAGUUGAAAUGCAUUUCGAGUGCUGAACUAGAGGAAGACCUUCCCAAUGCCAAAGAGUUUAUAGCUCACUUUCAAAUUUACGAAGGCAUCGUGGAAGAUAAACAAUUUGAUUAUCCGAACGAUGUUACAGAAGAAAUGAAAAAUGAACUUAUAGAUUGGGCGAAACUUGACGGGGUCAAAUGUCAAUCUUGCUACGGAUAUUUGAUAAAUCCGAUACAAGAAUGUCCAAAUAAUCAUAUUCUGUGCUUGAAAUGUGGUGAACAGUCAAAAUGUAAUUUAUGCCAAAUGGACCUGGAGCCGAGUAAAAAUACCGCCUUCGUAGGGCUGAUUGAUACUCUAACGUACCCCUGUACAUACCGUGAUGAAGGCUGCAUGAUGGUUCUGAAAUCUAUUUACAUUCAAGAGCACGAAUCUAGUUGCAGAUUUGCGUAUUUCGAAUGUCCCCUAAGGGAGGAACAAAAAUGUGAAGUAAAAUGCCGAUUAUAUGAAACCGAUAGGCACAUUACAUUUAACCAUUCCAAUAACAUGCUAACCGGUAAAAUUGUCGAAAUAGAUCUUCAACAAAACCCUUUACCAUUCAAGAAACAUUUCCUGAUUAUUCAUGAUGGCAUGGUGUUCAAAUUGAUCUUCAAACAUGAAAAAGAAACGUUAAUGUGGUCAACAGUUAUCGUCGGAUCAGAUUUAGAUGCCAAAAAGUAUAAUUUUGAAAUAGAAAUGAUCGAUAAGGCCGGCAGGGAUAUAGGGAUCCUUUCCCGAGCAGGAUGCACACCAAUUUUGGAAAAGGAAACAUGUUUUGCCAUGCGAAAUAGAUGCGUGCUCUUUUUAUCUGACCUCAUGGGUGUUUUUAUUAAGGAGAAUAAGUUGAGGUUCCAUGUGAAGAUUAUAUCAGCUGGGAACUACUACGAUGAACGGGAAUAGCGCAAUGGUUUAGUUAUUUAUUUUUGUCAUUAGUAAUUUGUUCUGUUCUAACUGCUACCUAUUUCAACACAUUAACUACACAGGGUAGCACAAAUUUAUUAUUCUAUUAAAUAUUUUAUUCAUAAUUUUAAUUGUUAAUGCAGGUGAAAUUUUUUGGUUGCGUGGUCGUUGCACGACUAUUUAUAUUUAUGCUCCAAAAUUCCACCACCUUAAGUUACUGUGUUGUGUCUGUUAUUUUUCAAAUGCAAUUUUCGAUACCGUAUUGUCUUAUUCACUUGUUGAUGCUUCUUAUAUAUUAUUAUGUCAAUAUUUGUUUUAUUUACUAUUGUUGUCAAGCAUCUAAAGAGUUUCUAUCCAAUGGCAAAUUACAUUAUUACUUCUUUUC